GGAUUUUGGGUCUGUGUGAAAGGCCUGCGACUGGCUCUCAUCAUCACGAUGGAUGUGGUGCAUGUUACGCGAUACUUGAGAGCCCCUCGCUGCGUUUCGCGUUCAAACUCGUCGAAUGUGAAGCGAAGAAAAACAAAAAAUAGGAAGGAAAAAGAAAAAAAACCCGGUCGGCGUUGGGGGGGAAUUUUCGGCGUCGUCGGCGUCGAUACGAUGGGAAAAGAAAUAACGCGCUGCGUCGGUGUGGUAGACGUUUGAAGCCGAAGGAGAACACAAAACAACGGAAAAGAGGAAUUAUGUGUAUCUCUCUUUUUUUUUCUCUCUCUCUCUCUGCAACGACGAAUGAGAAUAUGAUUACAACCAUUUUGAGCCUAAUAUAACUGAAGUUUAAUGCCCAGAAAUGUAUUGUUGUUGCACGAUGAAGAGAGCGAGGCGAAAACGAAAAUAAGCAGGUUUAUUAUAUCUUAUGUCUUUGAUGAUGUAUACGUGGAAUUUCGGUGAGAGGAAGGAAGGAAGAAGUAGAAGUUAAAGAGGCCUUGGAUUUUGUUAUUUUUCUUUCUUUUUUUUUCUCUUUCAUUCUUUUUCGGUUGCGCUUAAAAGCUCCCGAGUGGAGCCACCGAAACUUUUAUUUCUGAUAUUAUAAAAAAAUAUAUAUAUAAGAAUAACACCAGCCGUCCAGGAAAUAGUAGAUCUUGGCGUUAGACACUGCCCGUAUAGCCCAAGUGUCUAAUAUCACAUGGCAGCACUAAAUAACGUCCACACUCAACUCUGUAACUCUCAUGGCUCCAAGGUGAAAUUGUAACGGUUGUGUUCAGCCGAGGUUGAAACGAAAACAACCGAGCCCUCCCGAAAAGAAUUUCAACAUUAUCUUCUUUUUUUUUGUUAUUAUUUUUAAAUCAAACGGAAUGGGCCAAGUAUCUUCCUUUUUUUUCCAAUGGGAAAACUUAGAGUGUCUUGUGUUUGUUAUAAUUUUGCCUGGUUUUCUUAUGCAUAACUCACCCGGUGUUACGCAAAUGAAGUUGGUCAACAACAACAGCAACAAAAAACGACGUUCCUCCAAGAAAUUGGGCCAUUAAUGAGGCAUUUAAUUUGUGUCGUAAUGUCUCAAGUUUCUCUCGAGUCGAUUCCGAACACGUACUAAACUUAUACUAUUAGAACACUACCCACUAAAAGCGAAUACACACACCGGUUUACUGACUGGGUUAGGAGAAGGCCGAUGUGUGGGUUAAAAAGGUGUUCUUUUUAUUUUUUUAAGUUGUCAUUAACUUUCAUUGGCUCUUAAUUUUUUUUGUAGGCUCUUUUUGAUUUGAUUCUGACACUCAUCUUUAAUUCUUCGCCUUUUAAUAGCGCAUCCUGGUGUAGACGAAUAAGGGGGGGGAGGGCGGAACUUAGUCGAGGUGGGCGGGGCUCUCGCCCGAGCCUUAGUCAUCGAUUAUCGCUGGGCCACUUUAUUUUUCGAUCGAUAGUUGAAAGUGAAAAGUGGGCGGAGAGCCAUUCACUUUUUACGAGCGGCAUUUUCAAAUUUUGUAUGGAGUGACAAAUUCGACCGCCAGAUGCCUCCCACGUUGUCUAGACUGAAGCGCCAGUGGAAAAAUAGCGACGAGCGCUCCAACUGUGUCCUAGCUGCAUCCAUGAUGGCGGCUUUAGCGUCGUUGCCAGAUUUGGUCGUGUGUCGCUUUUCCCCCUUUUUCUUUUUAUUUCUCCCCAUUUUUAUUAUUUUCUUCCUUUUUUUCCCUUUUUUUAUGAUGUGGUGGCGCCGCAUCAUCGGCGGCCAUUGUUGUCUCGCCCCUCUCCUCCGCCCCCUCUCUACCCUAUCCCCCCCUCCCUAGUCCCUACCCUAUUGCAUCCAUCCCAUCGCGGAUGGAUGUGUGGCGCUUUCGGCAUCUGCGCCGUGCGUUCCGGGGGGAGGAGUAAUGUCCUUACGGGGGCCGGAGUCGAGUGGGAGAGAGGACGGCUGGUGGGUGGCGCUCAAGAGUCUCUACCUGUCCCACCAUUGGCUUGUCUUAUUUACCAGGGCAGAGACGGCCUGGCCCUCUGUGAGCUGGCCCCCUUGCGGUCCGUCUCGUUUCUCCUCUCUCUCUCUGACUGACUGACUGUGUCUGCUCUGGGCUUCUUUUCUUCUUCCCCCGGCUGGCACCCCCCACUAACGCCGACUGCACACACACACAGCGACUAGUGCCCAUACAAACGCUAUACGCCGCGCACGGACACACAUCCGCCCGUGGAAUCGACCGUGGUAAUCUAACGAGUGUUAUAGACGUGCAUCUAUAUACACCGUCGCCGACCGCCGACGCAACACGCCGCAACCCAACGCUACGCCGCCGCAACGCGAAGCGAAAAGUAGCGCAAGAAGGAAACGAAAAAAAACCCAAACAACAAACCCAGUGCGAUUUGGAAUUCCAGUUUGUUUCGAUUGUUUCGACGGAAAUCUCUUUGAUCGUUCGCCCGAGUUGUUUUGUUUUUUUCCAUUUUAAUUCGAGUUGUUGUCUCUCUGUCGUUGGGGGUGCUGGUGGUGAUUGCUUCGUCGGUUAUUUCGGCUGCUGGAUUCAUCCGUUUGCCAAAAGAAAAGAAGAAGAAAAAGUUGUUGUUGUUGUUCCGCCGGAAGUUGUUGGUUUGUUCACAUUUGAAACCAUUCAACAGUUUUGGUCGUGGGCGCAUCGUGUCCACCGCCAACCCAAUCAGCUACAAAAAUUGAUCCGACGGCCAUCAUGAGUUCGAAAUUUCUGGACAGCAUGCUGACCAAAUAUCAAGCGGAGGCGGCCGGAGCGGCCGCCGUUGCCGCCGGAGGUUCCAGCUACUCUUCGCAACACGCCCGGAUGUACCCGUACGUUUCGGCCAUGGGUCAGAGCGGCUUUCCCGGAGGCGUGGCCGGCUAUUCGAACGCGUUGGCUAAUGCGGCCGAAUCGGCGGCGGCGGCCACAGCGGCGGCGGCCCAGGCCGACAAGCAGUGCCGAUACACGGGCAGCGCGGCGGCGGCGGCUUCGAUGGCCGAAGCCAUGGUCAACUACUCGCUGGGGGCGGCCCACCAGAACGGCGUGGCCGGAGCGGCAGCGGCCAGUAUGGCCCAAGCGGCCGCCGCCAAUUUCUACCAGCAGGCGGCCAGCGCGGGAGGUGCGGCGGCGGCUGCGGCCGCAGCGGCCGCCGGUGUCGAUCCCAACAACCCGCUCUCGGCUUGCUCUCAAGGCGGACCACCGACUGGACUAGGCGCCCUGGCCGGCGUUCAUUCCGGCGGCGGACCAGACAUUCCACGCUACCCAUGGAUGUCCAUCACCGGUUUCCCAUAUGCGACCGGAAUGGAUGGAUCAGGUUCUUUCGCCUCUCACGACGGUUUCUCACACGCUGGAAUCUGCUCAGGACCCAAUGGCUGCCCGAGAAGAAGAGGUCGCCAGACGUACACGCGCUACCAGACGCUGGAAUUGGAGAAAGAGUUUCACUUUAAUCACUACUUGACAAGGCGGAGGCGGAUCGAAAUCGCUCACGCCCUUUGCCUGACUGAGCGGCAGAUCAAAAUCUGGUUCCAGAAUCGGCGCAUGAAGCUCAAGAAGGAGCUGAGGGCCGUCAAGGAGAUCAACGAGCAGGCCCGUCGCGAGCGCGAGGAGCAGGAGAGUUCGAUCCGCAACAGCGGCGGAGGUGGCGACCAUCACGACGGCGGACACAAGAGCAAGCACCAGCAGUCUCACCAUCACGCUUCGUCGUCGCAUCACCAGCAGCAGCAGCAACAGCAGCAGCAUCACGGCCAGCAGCAGCAACUGGGCCAGGACCGGCACCACGUCCAUCAUCACGAUCUGCUGCAGGCCGCCGCUUCGGCCAACUACGCCGCCGACAUCAGCAAAAUGGCCGCCAAGAGCCUGACAUAAGAAACGACGACGUCCAACUUUAAAGCGAAACAAACCAAAAUUGCCAGGUGACAACUAAACAACAAAACAACAUUCACAUCAUGUAGCAAACACAACGACGUCAGAUUUUCACGAGAAAAUCGGCGUCCCCCUUAUAUUUCCUCCCCCCUCCCGUUUCAACACCCACUCGCACAAACUAUAGAUAUAGAAAUACGUAAGACUCUAUAACCUCCCCAAGUGAAGUUUGACUGCCUUGUAACAUCCGAUACUCUUUGAUGGCCAUCUUUCCCCCUACCAGAAACGAACGUUCCCCGCACCACCUCAAACUAAAUAAUCUUCUUGACAAUUUUUUCUUUUCCUUAAUAACUAUUUCCACCUUGUUCAUUUUUUCUUCUUCUUCUUCAUUUUAUGUGUGUGUGGUUCACAUUUAUUUCUUUUGACCAACGAAGAAGAAGAGGAUCGUAAUUGCUUGCCGGAACCGCAUUAUCUGUGGGCGGAACCGAUUUUUUUUUCUUCUUCUUUUCUUCUUGGAGCGCGGCAUAAUCGAACCCCGAAAGUGGUGAGCUCCGUCUCUCUCCUACUCACCACAAAAUUCCCUUUUUUUUUCUUUUUUUUUCCCGAACCUCAUCAACACCUGGAGUCGCCCAUUUCGAACAUUAAAGGCAAGAAGAAAAACGGGGCGGCCCCUCAUUGCGCGGCGCAUCCUGUCGCUUUUAUUUCCGUUUCUCCAGCGGGGAGUCCAGAUCAAAUCCGCCGGCUUAAUGUUAUAAUCUAAAAAAGAAGAAGAAGAAUUCCAUAAGUCAGUCACGUAUGUGCGACUACUACGCCGCCAUCUUAUUCAAAAGAAGAAGAAGAAGAACUUUGAACUCUUUUCUACGUGCAACUUACUAUACACAGCCCCGGAUUCUUCACCAUUCGAUUCUCUCCGCUACACACCCGCUUGCUGCUGAGGCUAUAUUUCCCCCUCCGCUUUUUUUCUUUUUGGACACAAAUGGCGACCACCAGUCUUUCUUCUAUUCACGGUCGGACAGAGACACAUCAAUCAGCAUUUGUGGGCGAACAGAAAAGGAAAAGAAAAAGGGGGAGAGAAGCUUUUUUCUUCUCUUCCGUCCUGGAGCUCCAGCUCCGUUCCAGGCCGUUUGAUCCAUCUCCUCUUUGUCUCUACACGACUCCCGAUGGACUGCACCACCACCACCACCCCGGAAAAAGAAGAAGAAGAACCAAUGUGAGUGCGAACGCACAUAACCGACAUUACAUCGCCUGCCUCCAUCUCUCUAUAGAGACUAGCGCACGUCGUCCAGCCCGCCCGUCGCCCACUCUGCCCCGGUUCCAAUCAGCAAUUUGAUUAUCGAUGAUGAGAUGGCUCGAGCGGGAGAUGAUUGCGUGUGAAGCCAUCCGCGAAACGGGCACAAACGGCCUCGUCUAUACACUAGUAGUGUAGUGUAGUGUGCUUGCUGCUGCUGCACUACAGUCACAACAAACCCCCGCGGAGGAUUGCAGCUCCGGAAUGAUUGGUUGGCUCGCCCCUUCGGGCCAAUGGCCGCUCUCUUGUGUUCAGAGCGGCGGCCCCCCCUCACUCACUCACUAUGAUGGCUGAUAUGCUCUUUGCGUGUUCCAACGCCAUUGGUCUUUUUAUUUUUCUUUCCUUUUUUUUUCUCUCUAAAAAUUAUCCAAAAAUCUGAAACGAUUUUUGUGUGUUUUUUUCUUUCCAGCUCCUUUUGUGUUUGUGGGUGUUUUCAUAUUCAGAUGCGUAUUUUUUUUUUUUGGUGCGUGCGAGCGUCGUUGCGACGGGCAAAGGCCAAAGUUCGUCGUUUGAGCAAUGGAGAAAUAUUAUAUUAGGCCCACCUCCGAGUCAAUCAGAGAGUAGUAAACAAACCAAGCGAAAAGAAAAUGAAAACUGAACAGGGAAAUUUCUUGAAACAAAAAAUACGUAAAACAAAAAUUAUAUUUUAGUGCGAGUCCCCCCCCCUCCCUACUUCCCUUUUAAACUCUUAUAUACGUAAUGUUUUGAUCUGUUUUUUUGACACUGAACUACUUGAAAUACGUAACGCAACUUGUAGUCAUCACACAAACGAUGAGGUUCAGGUGAGCCUGGCCAAUUUGGAUUGGAUUCUUUUUCUUUCUAUUUUUAUUUGAAUUGGAAAUGAACACACAAAAAUAAUCGAUGAACUUAUUAUACGUAAAGAUUUGUUGUUCUUCACAAAACAACAGCUUUUUUUUGGGUCUUAAAAUUGAACUCGUGUAACUUUUUUCGGUUGCUUUUUUUUCUCUCUCUCUCUCUCCCGUUCUGGAUAAAAGAACAAAAGAUAAAUGGAACAGAAAUACGUAAUGCAUUUGUACAACCGCCGUUGUUUGGUUGAAACUUUGUUUUUUUUUCAUGAGGGACGCUUUUUUUAUUCUAAUUAUUAUUCAAAGAAAAGACAAAAACAUUUGUUUGUUGUGUGUGGUGGGUUUUCGUCGUCGUGUUUGUCCGUCUUUGAUUCUAAUUUUUUCGUUUUUUGUUUCUGUUAUGUGCUUUUAUCUCUCUGACAUCGUUGGGUAUAUGUUGCGUGUGGAUGUUUGGAAUUAUUUUUCGUGAGUUUUUCGUGAGCGUGCUGACCGUUUUCUUUCGCACUGUGCGCGGGACAAAUUUUUCUUUUUCUACAAACCCCCGGGGUUUUUUUUGAAAUUUUAUUGGCAAUUAUCGGGGGAGGGAAAAUGAAGAGGAGGAAUCAAAAUUUUUGAAGUGGGUCAUUUUCUUGCGGGGAGUUGGGGGAGGGGGGGUUUAAGGGUGAGACUAUUACGAGAAUAUUACUUUUUAAAAAAAUGUAGAGGCUGUUGUCGUUACCGGCAGACGCCAGUUUUGACGAGUCAUCUACCGGAGUGAUGAUGGGAAUAAUAUUUUCAUCUCUCAUUUCGCGUGAAUUAAAAAUUUCGGGACUUUUUUUUCCAUCUAUUUUUAUUGCGUCGUAUUAAAGCCAUUCGCACCCCGCCCAUUUCUCUCUCUCGUCAAUCCCCUCCAAACUCGUUUAUGAAGUAUUAAUCCAGUAGAACAUGUUUUGAAAAACUCUCGAGAAAAAAUCAUUUGGGGUUUUUGAUUUAUAUUUUUCAACUCGCUUGUGAUAUUUCCGAUACCACAAACACACAAACAAACAAAUGAAAUCAUUUUUUUUAAUCAACAAUUUUAAAAAUGUCCCCCCACUCCAAACUGCCAGUAAAAAAAAAAAUCUAUUUAAAAAAACCAGUGGCCAAUUAUUAAUUUUUCGACUUGGCCGUCGGACGGAUCGAUUUAGACAGCGACGGGCGUCCGUGUUGAAUCGUUCCGUCGCGUUUCGUGCGCCAUUCGCUGGAAACUAUUGACCACUCUCCACUCUCCUCCUCCUCCUCUAAACAAGAAAGAAAAACCCUCGAGUAUACGUCAGCAUUGUGAUUGUGUACUACCACAUUUGUGCGUCCAUUUUGUCUCUCGACUAUCUCUUCAUUUUCUCUCGCCCGAUGAUUCCAUUAACGUGAAGAAAACAAAAAACCAACCAACAAACAAACAAACCGCCAUGACACAAAAAUGAUGCCCAUCUCUUUCUCUCUUGAUGAUGAUGAUAAUAACGCAAAUACGUAAAAAAUGCGAGGGUCGUAAUGAAAAUUCGGACUCGUGCCAGUUAUUAUAGACAACCAAAAAAGAAAUUAGAUACGUAAAAAAAAAACAUUGAUCGUCCGUGAUGAUCGUGAACAAGUGUGUGUUUUUUAAUAACCCAAUGAAUUUUUUUUUCGAAUUUCUGUUUGUUUGUCCCAGUAAUUUUUUGAUUUGUUGUCUCUAUUGGUAAAAAUGUUCUCGUUCGCUCUCUUAUUUUUUAAAAUGAAAUUUGAUUAUCUCCUCCUAUUAUGGCAAACAACAAAAAAGAAACAGGCUAGAAAACGAAAAUACGUAAAACAUUGAGAUCAAUACUCGAGAGUAUCUUAUAGCCUUAUAAAGGUGUUGCAUUUUCUGAUUUUGUCGAUUCGAUUUCAUUUGACUUUGUUGUUUCGAUUUAGCUUUUAUCCCUCGCGAUUGAUUGAUUCUUCGUGCGUUUGUUUUCCCCCCUCUCUCUCUCUGUGUUUGUCUGAUUGUGUAAAGUUAGUGGAGGGGGGACGUUUUAUUUUUUAAAAAGAGGCCAACGCGGGAACUUGUUUGUAAUAUCGAAAGCGUUCGAGCUAAACAUUUUACAAAUUUAUCCACCAGGUUUAAAAAAAAAGUAAAUUUCAAUGUUUCUCUGUUUGAAUGACGAAAAACGAAACCUCAUCACGUUUUUUUUUUUAAUUAUUAAUAUUUUUUUCAAGUUUUGAUUGCGAUUGCUUCUCGUGUGUGAAUGGGUGCCCCCGACGAAUUUUUGAUUUUUUAAUUACAUAAGAAGAAAAACCUCUCCCGACCGAAUUAUACAUUGUCAUCGUUCUUCGCAUUCUUUUCUACAAAAUUUUCCCUUUUUUUUUUUGUUUUUCCAACCAACUUGUCUCCGGUUUAUCAUCAUCCUCUCUCGAAGUUGAUUGCGUAAACGGAGAAGGGGCAAGAAAGGAGAGAAAAUGAAGAGAAAAUUUUGGGGUUUAAAAGAGAAGAACGAUGACCCCCCACGCAGGCAGUUUUUCUUUCUAGACAACAAGACAACAAAAAAAAAGAAAAGAAAAGGAAAAAAAAAUAAUAUCGUGUGUUUUCGUCUUUUAUAUAGUUACACUUGAUGUUGAUUCGUUAUGUCCCUAUUUCCCCCCACCCAUUCACCCCCCACCCCUCUCUAUUUUGAAAAAUAAUUUCUCUAUUUCCCGACCGUAGUACUAUACUCACUCCCUCGCUGAUGUGUUAACCAUCUUUUGUCUUUUUUCUUCAAAGCCACCGGCCCGACAUCGUUAUCGUCAAGAUCCUGAAACGAUGAAAAAUUGAUUAGCUAUUAUUAUUAGGAUCCGCUCAACAACAGCAACAACAGUUGUUUCAGUUUUGUUUUCCACAAUAUACCGGUUCCAGACAGAAACAGAAAUUGAUCGAGAAAAUGCAGAACUAGUUGGGGGGGAUAUUUUUUAGUAGAUAUUCUCGCAUUUUUAUUAAUAUUGUUUAGGCUCCUCCGUAAGCAACAAUCACAAUCCUAUCUGUGCAAUAAGGAAAAAAAAGGCAAACAAACCUAUUAUAAAAUAGAAAGAAAGAUACCAACUCCCAAAGAAGUAGCGAAUCCAAUUUUCUGUUGUUUUUUUUUUCUUCUUCUUUUUAAUUGCGAAAUAAAAUAUUAAAAAAAUGUGAAAAAAAAAAUUAAUAAGUGUACAGAAAGAUUUGUUUCUUUUUUCGUUGCGGUCGUGUGUGUGUUUGUUGUUUUCAGGAACCGAGUUUUAAAAAGACAAAAAUUACUUUUUUUUUUUCAUACACAGUGAGACUUUAUAUGGAGCUGACCUCUCUCUCUCUCUAUUCUCCCACCUUCCACUUUUCCUUGAAAAUUGGGAAUUUUUUUUAUUUUAUCAUUAUUAUUAUUAUUAUUAUUAUUUCUAAUAUUCAAAAAUGAAAUGAACAAAAAUCCCCAUUUCCCUUCCCUCUGUCCCCCCUCCCCAACUUCUAUUCAGAAAAUUAAGUAUCGUGUGUGCUCCCCCCUCGCUUAUUGUAUCUUUAUAUUACAUGGUUACGUUAAUUUUGUUUUUUUCUCCUUUUUGCUGGCUCAGUGAACGUGUUAUUUCUCUAUCCUCUUAUACGUAUAAUAAGCUCAUUCUCUGUCUCUCUCUUUCUAUUUCUCUUGUUUUGUUUAUUGUUUUUUUUUCUUAAUUAUUAAUUAAUUUCAACCCAAAUAAUUCACUCCGACCCCGCCCCUGUCUCCUCCCCCCACACUUAAAACAAGAAAAUCUCGGAAACAUUUUGACGUUUCGUCUGUCGUGAUUUUUUUAAAUUGAUUUCGGUGACAUUCAAACGUUACAACAACAAUCCCCCACUAAAUAUGUCAAAUCGGUCGUGAAAAGAAGAA